AUGGCAAAGAUCAUCACCACGACCAACAACAACACCAACACCAACAACAUCAGCAGCGGCAUCACCACCUCCCACCUCCCAUCAAAGCCCGAGUCAAACCAAAGACAAGAAAGACAUAUCAAAAAGGGCAAGAAACGAUCUCGAACCGGGUCCUCCUCUUCCACCGGCACCAUCGCCGGCGCCAGCACCACCACCAACAGCAGCAGCAGCAGCAUCAGCAGAACCAGCGACACAACCACAUACCACACAUCGGAGCCCGAAUCAAGCGCAUCUCCCUCCUCCACCAGCAGCCGCCAUACAUCCCGCAGCCCGUCCCCAAAGCGUGACUACUGGCAACAGAAGAAAAAGGAGUACACCGAACGCCAAAAACCAGCCAGUCCCGGUCCACGUGCCCAUUUCCCAGGGAUACUGACCAUCGAGUCCCGGGACACGGCACUGCAGAACGCCAAAGAAGCGUACUCAACGCAGUUCGAACCCUCCACUUACUCCAGGCACGUCUUCUGGGCCGACGGGUCGUUCAACGAGAACAUUGCCGGAUCGACAGGCGCGGCCGUCGUCUACAGCACAGACGACCGAAUCGACGACUUCGUGGACCGUGCAUACGCGGUGCAAGGCCUCUGGGGCAUCAAGUGCCUCAAGCUGUUUGCGAUUGGUGCGGCGCUACGAAUCGCCGUGGAUCGGAUUGAGGAGGACAAAACGACAAAGACGCACGAACAUAGGGUGUGCGUCUUCACCGACUCUCAGGAUGCGAUACACUGUCUGGAAGACACGCAUUCUGAGCGAUUCCCGAGCACGCAGGAUUUAGCGUCGACGGUGGGGGAUAUCGCGAGGAAGUUGGAGGAUUUAGGGGCCAAGGUGGAGAUCAACUGGAUCCCCGGACACAAGAACCAUGUGGCCCACAAAAGGGUGGAUCAGAUGGCAAAGGUCGGGGCGAAAUAUGGGGCCAACUUUGCGUCGGGCAGGGUGAAGAAUAGGUCGGCAUAUGGGGUGGUUCAAGUGGUGGAUACGGGGCUUUUGAGACUCUGA